AUGGAGUUCAACUUCGCAAAUUGUCUUAUCUUCCCAGCUCUUGAAGCGAUCACAGCCUAUCUUCUAUUUGCCCAUAUUCUACCCGACACCUCUCUGAAAACCUACUGGCUCAUCCCCACUAUUCUUCACAAUACUGUCCUCAUAUUUUACAACUGGUUCCUUUACCCUUUCUUCCUCAGCCCGCUGUGCAACCUGCCGCAGCCCGGAGGUUUCAUACCACUCUUCGGUCAUGGGCGAUUGUUCUUGAAGAAGCGCCAGCUAGGCCGGGACUGGCAAGUUGAAAUGAUGAAAUCGGUACCUAACGACGGUAUCAUUCUCAGGCGGGGAUUUCUGCAUACUACAAAACUCCUUCUGACAACGCCGGCGGCGCUAGCAGAUGCCCUAGUGCACAAGAGCUAUGAUUUCGAGAAACCACGCCUUGGGAGUGACUUUGUGAAGAAGUUCCUGGGGGAGGGAUUGUUGAUGAGCGAAGGAGAAGACCAUAUGUGGCAGCGGAAGAAGAUCAUGCCUGCAUUCCAUUUCCGACAUAUCAAGGAGCUAUAUCCAGUAUUUUGGGGGAAAUCGAUAGAAUUCUGCGCCGUAGUGAAGAAGGAUCUUCGUGCGCAAUCGGAUGGUGUACUGGAUAUCUGUUAUUAUGCCACCCGGGUUACGCUGGACAUCAUUGGUCUUGCGGGAAUGGGCCGAGAUAUUGGCUCUUUGCAGAACAAGGACGACGAGCUGGCAAAGAACUACCAGGAGAUUCUUGAGCCGACAGCGGAGAAAGUACGGUACUAUCUUGCCAAUGUCAUCCUACCACCAUGGUUGGUGAGCAAGUUGCCAUGGAAACUGAAUGAGAGGGUCCGGGUUACAACAGGGAAUCUGCGAAGGAUAUGUUCAGAGUUUUUGGCAGAAAGAAAGGCGAGUAUGGAUUGUGAGAAGGCUGAGAGUCUGGAGAGUCGCGAUAUCUUGUCCAUCAUGAUACGCAGCAACGACCAGUCGGACAAGAACCUUGUGGAUCAACUUCUUACCUUCAUAGCAGCAGGUCACGAAACUACAUCCUCUGCACUGACCUGGGCCUCCUACCUGCUUGCCCAACACCCAACGAUUCAAGCUCGCCUCCGCUCCGAAAUCCAUGAUUAUAUUCCCAAUCCGGAAAUUCUCGCAGACCCUAACUUCGAUGUCGCCAGGCUUUUGGAAAGCAUGCCUUAUCUCAACUGUGUCUGCAACGAAGUCCUGCGACUCUUCCCUCCGGUACCCCUCACAUCACGCGUCGCCAUUAGGGACACGACAGUCUGCGGCCAAGUCAUACCCAGCGGCACCAUGCUCUGGAUUGUCCCAUGGGCGAUAAACCGAAAUCUGAAUCUGUGGGGACCAGACGCUGAAGAUUUCGUGCCUGAACGCUGGAUGGACACGAAAACUGGUCGCGCGACGAUGAACGGUGGGGCAGGGAGCAACUACAGUUUCUUGACGUUUCUUCAUGGACCGAGAGGUUGUAUUGGAGAGAGGUUUGCGCGGGCCGAGAUGAGGGCGCUUGUUGCGGUUUUCGUGGGUAGCUUCGAAAUGGAUAUGGCAGACCCUAAAGAGAGGCUUGUCCUGGGCGGCACGAUCACUAGCAAGCCAAGGAAUGGCAUGAAGCUCAAACUGAAGAAUGUGAACGUCACCGAGCAAUGCCACCAAUUAACGGAGUUUCUUAAGGAGCUAAGAGACCGUAUAAGCACCGAAGACGGGGACCGAAUUACUGACAUCCUGGACGAAAUCGAUGAAGACCUGUCAGAGAAUAGAUAUACUCCGACUCCUACAUCAUCACAUCUUGAUGCCGACCGUCGUGGCUCACAAGAAAGCGGAGAAUUCAGUGGUACUGAAUAUCUCGAUCAUCUUGAGACCGAAGCCCUGGACCUUUUGGACGAAGACUUGCACAGCAAAGACGAAGCCCGGUCAACGGGUUUCAUUGGGAAGAGUUCAGAGGUACAAUGGUUGCGUGCAGUGGUGGUAGCGCAACACGAAAGAACGGAUACAGAGUGGCCUGGAUCGGAGCCUCAACGUCGUCCUUCGGCAGCCUUGAGCAGCGAGCAGAUAAGUUCGUUUAGCUUCUGGGCCGACAGUGACGAUGUGAGUGUCAACUUCUAUGUGGAUCCGUAUGAGCUGCCCCAACCCGAUUUUGCGGAGCAUUUGAUACAAUGCUACAUGCUCAGAGUGCACGAUUCCUUCCCGAUCCUACCGCGCAACUUCGAGGAACAAACCCGCGUGUACUUUGCGGCUGUGCGCGUGGGAAAUGCCCCACGUCUCAAUCCGAAGUGGCAGGCCAUCCUGAAUCUUGUCUUCGCUAUCGGUGCCAACUACCUGUACCUAUACAACAAAGAUUGGCCGACAGGAGACGCGAACGUGUUCCAAGCCAGGGCGCGAGCGUUUGGUUUGAACGAAGCUUCCCUGACUACUCAUCCUGAUGUGCCGCAUAUACAAGGCUUAGGCCUUCUCGCAUUUUACUGGUUGAGUAUAGGACAGGUUAGUCGGGCUUGGACGCUUGUUGGCGUGGCUCUUCGUUCAGCCUUUUCCCUCGGCCUCCACGUACGAAACGAGGAUCCUUCCGCAAGCACGUCUAAACGGGAGACUUUGUAUUAUCGUCGAUUCUUGCUGUUCGGUACCGUUGCCUGUGGCAGUGCCGAAAGAAGAGCCACCAGGGGACGUAGGGAGGACAUACAGCAUGCAUACGGCGAACGCAUCGUCGUCAACCUCGGCCAUGUUUUCCGUCUCUCCAAACAUCGCUGCAAACACGCCUCAGACGUCGAGAAGGCCUAG